GUGAGUGUGUGAGCUCCGGUGUGUGAGAGUGUGUGAGUGUGUGAGCUCGGGAUCUCUCGGCUCUGAGCGCUUCAACCUGUUCCUACCAUAUCAAUGGAUUUAAAGGAGUCGGGAAGCGUCGUUUUAACCGCGUACCAUUCAUUCACUGCCUCAAGGUUACGGCUGGUGGAUGAGAGCUAUGAGCCGUUCACAUCCACACAGUCUUCUACUGGCAGGAAAGGACUGCAUCGGGGGUUAGCGAGGAUGACUUCGGCAGGAGCGAUGCCUCCCUCUCCUCCCGAUCGCUCCAUAUCCCAAGACUCGCAGGAUUCCAUGGAGGAUUACUGGAGUGAAGUGAGGAACAUCGAAGAGGACAGCCAAGGUCUCCUGGAAGAGAUGAUGGAGAAGGGCAGCAUCGAUGAAGCAGAGCUGGAGGAAGCAUGGCUGCACGAAGCGGGUCUCUCCACGCUAGUAUCCGGAGCUCUGUCCGACAGCCCUGCCGAGGCUCUCCUGUCCACACUCACCCGCUCUCAAGCUGCCAUGGUGAAGAAACGGCUGGACAAUUACACUCAAACCCUACGCAAGAGGAACAAGCAGCCCAUACGCCACGUCCGGGAUGUCUUUUCCACGACCGACGCUUCGUCUGCUGAGCCAACCCAAACAGGGUCUACAAAUGGACCGAUUACGCCAAUACUGCCCCAUUGGACACCUCCCAAAGGUCACCAGUCAUGCCCAGUAUUCACCCCUGUAGAAAGCGGCGUGUCAGAAUGUCAGUCAGAGCCAAAUAUAUUGUCGUUUGAAGUGCCGUACUCCGAGGGAGCGACGGCCCAUCGGAAAGGCCGUGACUGCCUUGACUGCCAGAGGAUCUGGAAAGGAGACAAGGACUUACCAACAUUUCAGAUUGCGAAUCCCAAGCAUGGGCUGACCAGGGUGCAAGACCUGUCCUCAGAAGACAUCAAGAAGAUCAGCUAUAUCAGUCUAAUAGAGCUAACCACAUUUUAUGAUGCACUGGGCAUCGAGCUGAAGAGGAACCGAGUAGUUCGGAGCAAGGUGCGGGAAACUGGCAUAUUUGGAGUUCCCCUGGCUACACUGUUGGAAAAUGACCAAAAGAAAUUUCCUGGCUCUAAAGUUCCUCUUGUUUUCAAAAAGCUGCUGUCGAAGUUGGAGCAGACAGGCCUACAGACGGAAGGAAUACUCAGAGUGCCUGGCUCCGCCUCUAGAGUAAAGCAUUUGCGCCAGGAGUUGGAGGCAAAGUUUUACGACGACAGUUUCGACUGGGAGCAGGUGAGACAAAACGACGCAGCCGGUCUGCUGAAGAUGUUCAUCAGAGAGCUGCCGUACCCUCUGGUCACGCUGCAGCACUUACCCGCCUUCACCGCCGCACAAAAUAUCACGUCCUACAAACACCAACUGCAGGCUCUGCACCUCCUUAUCCUGCUUCUGCCCGAGGCUAACAGAGACACGCUGAAGGCUCUUUUGGAGUUUCUAAGGAAAGUGGUGGCAUUUGAGGAAAAGAACCGCAUGAGUCUGUGGAACGUCUCUAUGAUCGUGGCACCGAAUCUGUUCACAUUUAGAGGAAAGAAGGCCAAGCAGGAGGAAAUGCAGGCAGCAGCAGGUGCAGCUCAUCUGGUCCGGCUUCUUAUCAUUUAUCAGGACCUUCUGUGGACGGUGCCCUGUUUCAUCAUCUCUCAUGUGCGGAAAAUGAACGAGGCCUCCGUGACCAAGAAAACUCCCAGCUCAGAGAGGACAAAGAGGAAGCUCCUGAGGAGACGCAAUACUGACAGAGAAAAAGAAAGGAGCGAGGUAACUGACCUUCGUGAAGGGGUCAUCAGGGUCCAGGCACCACUACAUGCCAAGAUCUCCAUGGCGAUCCAGCUAGACAGUAAGACGAAGGCUCGGGAUGUGAUGGCACGAUUCGAUUUCGAGAAUGGGCAAGCGUCUCGAAACAGCAGCAGAAAACAGAAGCAUUUUUUGUUUGAGGUUGGAGGAAAUAUAGGGGAGCGCUGCCUCGAUCCGGACACGCACCUGCUAGAGGUGUACCGCAUGAAUCCUCAUUGUGAAUGGGUCCUGAAGUCCAGAACAACAUGAGUAUCUUUAGGCUACUGUACACCAAGACAUCGACUGAAGACGCUACCGCCGGGUCUCCUUUAUGCUCAUUUCAGGAUGUGGAUCGUGAAAACAGGAGACUUGAGGAGCUGCCCUUUCUUUCCAAAACAAAAAAAAGAAGUUUUCAACAAUGGAGCUGAGACAACCUUGUUUGCCCCCUUUUCAGAUAUUUAGAAGGGGUUUGAUUUAUCCUUUAAGCCUUAAUGUGGAAAACUGGAUUUGAGACAGGUGCUCUCCAGAAAGAAGGCAUGACUUUUUUUUUUUUUUGCGGUUUGCGUCACAACUGAUGAACAAUGCAAUGCUGGCCAUUGAGAUUGUUGGAUGCCAGAUACGUGGGCGCUUAUCUUACUGAUUUCAGGCCACUGUUGAAGCAUGUUUUCCCAAUGUCUACAAGGCCUCAUGUGUAAAAAAAACAAAAGCAUGUACAUACAAUAUUUAUACCACUAAUUUAUCCAAGUAUCUUGAGAUUUUACCAUGUAAACCGAAGCUGGAUUUGUAUUACUUGCAUUCACUGACUGCAUGCUUGCGAUUAAGCCAUUUAAACCUUCAGAACUUUAUGAUUAGGUUCGAUAUGCAUACCGAUCAUAUAGUUAUCAUUAUUUUACCAAGUGAACUUUAAAUGCCAAUUCACAAAGCGCUGAUGUGGAUUCAGUAGCUGUGCUGCAUGAGCCCCUGACAGGCUCUAGUGACUGUAGGCUGCCUGUUUAAAGCACUACAAUAUGAAAACUUGUUGCACAGUAACCUGUGGACUGUGAAUUUACAUUGCAAAUGAGACUCCAGAUUGUUCGGCGACUAAACGGAUGUAGAACGUAAUGACGAUGCGUUGGAACAGGCUCUUCGUGGAGAGUUGGGUUUCUGUGCUGGAGCAGUGGAUUGCUCGAACGAGCUGAUCAAGACUGGUUUCACGUUUCGCUUCGGGCCAGGUUUCCACACUAACCUAAUUCCAGUGCUUGUUUAGAGUUCGGUCCAAAGUUCUCCUCAGUCCAGUCUGCAUCCAUUAGGCCAGCCGAACAUCUCGCCUCUGCUCAAUGCCAAUACUAUGAUCACUGUUACUCUUAACACUAAGUAUUGUAAGUAAAGAUGAAUUCAUCAUUACUCGAGUAGUUAAUUUUUGUUUAGUUUUUUUGUACAAAGACUUUGUUUUUGUAAACUGCAAUGUAUUCGACUGUGUUAAUAUUUUUAUUUAGUUUUUGUAUUAACAUGAUUUGACAUUGUCAACUCUGA